UAGCCUCAGAGCAACAUUGGUUAACAAAGCUUCUCUUCUGUGUCUCUGUGUGUGUUUCUGAUGACUGCAAAAGACUAGACCUUCAUGAUUUCUCUGUUGUGGUGGCUGUUACUGUAGCCCGCUCUAUCUGCACUGGAGAGUGUCCAGCCAAAAAGACUCUUUGCCCUGCCCUCCGGCCUCUUCUGCCUGUGGAUCUCCGUGCGGAGGAACGCCUCUUUGGUGACUGUGACAGGGAGAAUUAGGCAAGAGAUGCGGGUUCACUUGCCCUGGGUAAGGGCUUAUCUUGGGCUAAGCUGAGGGACUAAUAGCAAAGCCAGCCUCCGCUCCAGCCGGUCUGAGGGCACAGGGAACCAUCUGUCCACUCUGUGGAUAACUGACAACAAAGGGGGCAAACACUGAGGACGAACAAAUUAAAGGCUGUUCAUUUAGGAUACCAGAAAUAAAGACGAGGAGGAAGUAUCUUUUAUAUAAGAGUGCUUGCUCUAAAGCUCAAAACACACAGAAUGUCUGACAAGGAAGAAAUGGCUUCAGAUGGGAGUCUGAAUGUUACACUGACACUGAGGCUGCUGAUGCAUGGAAAGGAAGUUGGCAGCAUAAUUGGGAAGAAAGGAGAAACAGUAAAGAAGAUGAGGGAGGAGAGUGGUGCUCGUAUCAACAUAUCAGAGGGAUCAUCUCCCGAGAGAAUAGUUACUAUCACGGGACCUACAGAAGGCAUCUUCAGAGCUUUCUCCAUGAUCGCACAGAAGUUUGAGGAGGAUAUUACCGCAGCAAUGACAAACAGCAACGUGACAAGCAAGCCACCUGUGACACUUCGCCUGGUUUUCCCAGGGAGCCAGUGUGGCUCACUGAUUGGCAAAGGAGGCUCAAAGAUCAAAGAGAUCAGAGAGACCACAGGCGCUCAGGUUCAGGUGGCAGGAGACAUGCUGCCGGACUCUACAGAGAGGGCUGUCACAAUCUCCGGCACUCCACAGGCCAUUACUCAGUGUGUAAGACACAUCUGCUCCGUCAUGCUGGAGUCUCCACCAAAAGGAGCGACUAUUCCCUACCGUCCUAAGGCCAUACCUGCUGGAGCACAUGCAGUAUUAGCACCACAACACUCUGCACAAGCCUUUGCAAUUCCAGGACAGUAUGCUUUUGCACAUCAAGAUUUGACCAAGCUUCACCAGUUGGCUAUGCAGCAUAUCCCCCUCCCUUCCCUUGGGCAGAGCAACCCUACCUUCCCUGGGUUGGAUGCAUCUGCCCCCACAAGUUCACAAGAGCUGGCAAUACCUAAUGAUUUUAUUGGCUGCAUAAUUGGAAGACAAGGCAGCAAGAUCAAUGAGAUUCGCCAGGUCUCUGGAGCUCACAUCAAAAUUGCCAGUGCCACUGAUGGCUCAGCCAUGCGCCAAGUCACGAUCACAGGCUCGCCAGCCAGCAUCAGUGUGGCCCAGUACCUCAUCAAUGCCAGCUUAGAGAUGGCUAAAUACACCAUGCAGGCCGCUUCCUCUGCGACCCCAGUUGACCUCAACAUGAGCUUCUCCCAGUCCGUCCCCACUGCCUCCACCGCUGCUACCUCUAUGGCCGUCCUGGCGGCCACCCCAACCCCCACCACCAUUAACGUCCACUCUCCCUCCACUUUAUCAACCAUCCAAAACCCACACUACGCCAUCCCCGUUUCUAGCCUGCUUGGCAUGAAAGGUCUCCCUGUACUGGCUGUCCACCCAGCAGCCGCUUCCAGCCUAGCACAGGGUUUAUCCCCUUACACCGCAAAAAUGCCAACCUCUGGCAUCAAAAAAUCUGAGCGGCAGAAGUUUGCUCCUUAUUGAUGUCUGCUUUUCAAGUCUAGUCUGUGAAGCCGACUGGUGAGACAUUAUUAAAUGAUGAGAAAUUGUUUUAAAUUGGGAAUACAGGCAUAAAAAUAGCUUACACCAGUGUGUGUAAGUUUUGCCAGCGUAGCACUUCCAUAAAUCAGGAGAAAAUUGACUAACUGAAUUCUACUGAUACUACUAUACAGGUUAGUAUCAAAACAUGUCCUCAUUAAUUAAAACAGGCAGCAGAGGUGCAUAUUAACUCAGUAUUAUCUUAAGGACAUGAAUAACAAUUAAUGUAGGUAACUCAGGCUUGUAUUAUUAUCCCAGGAAAAGAUUUUUUUCAGAUGGAUUCAUGUUACAGAGCUUUAUAUGAAGAUUUACUCCAGGAGAGGUAUUUUCCACGAUGCAAAUAUUGACUUUUUUUUAUCUGUGUAACUAGUUUACAGUCAGUUUUUGUUAGAUAAUGCAAACUAGUAUCAUAAGACAUGGUGUUGGUUGGCAGCAGGCUGUUAAUAAAAUGUUAGAAGUCAGUGUGAUAAGUAUUUUUUUAACAAGGAUUGCUUCACUCUACUAUAGGCUCUCAUCAGUGCUAAAAGGCUUGGGUGUCCUGUAGUAGCAUUGCACUGUAGCGGUUCUGAUGGGAUUAUCCUAAAGCCAGUGGAUCCUAGUGGAUUUCACUCUGCACAGUAAUCCUGUAAGGCGGGAAUGGUGUAACCAACUCAUUUAUUCUUUCUGUACGUUAGCUUGUUUCUUGUUUAUUCUUCAACCUAAAUGAAUGGAAUGCUUCAACUUCAGUGCUGAGCAAUUAUUGUAAUAAAUGUUUUAUUCAUGUGUUACUGGUGGGUCUACCCUCAAACAAUGCAGAUUUGUAAUAUUUGUUGAUGAAAUGACUUUGAAAUAAA